UCUUAUGUACUGGUGUUUAUUGUUUUAUAUUAUUGUCAUUUUUACUAUAUAUGUGAUUGUCUUUAUUUCUGAAAAGCCCAGCCAGGGACAGGAGUUGCUAGCAAAUUGCUAUAUAUACUCUUUGGGUAGAUAUCAGAUGCACUUUAUUUCCACUAUAUCUCACUGCAUUGUCCCUGAUAAAUAAAUAUUAAUUGAAUUGAAUAAACAUUUAAUUAAUAAUAAUUAUUCAACGGUCUGUCUAAAACUCUAUCACAUCCUCUCAAACUAAAACUCCCCCAGGAUGCGAAACAACAGUAAUUGCUCGUAUGGGUGAACUCUCUUGACUCAGUUGAGAAGCUUUGUUUGACCACGUGACGUAUGAGGAUCUAGGAAGUGUGACGGCAUAUAGCAAAUCACUACAAUGAGACAGCCGGUGAACGAAACUGUAAAUAACGUCACAAUAGAGGUCUAAAGAAAUAUACUUAUACUUUUUUUGUUUUAAAAUAUCUGUCAAUAUACCCGUUGCCUUUAAAGAGCUUCAUUGAUCUUUGGAGUUCCUCUUCAGAGUGAAGUACAGCCCUUGAAACAAACAAAGCUAGCUAGCAUUAACUGAAGUGGUGAAGCUGGUUAUCAGCCGCAGGCGUGACGCGUCUCCCCCCCAGAGGAAAAGACACCACACCGCUGUCGGUGUUUCAGGGUUGCUGAGCGUAUUUUCCGGUAAAUGAGCUCAAAUCUACUCGUGGUGUCACUGUUUAUUUUGAACGCCAUCGUUUGUUUUCACACCCGGCGGCUCGCCCUCUCCGAUCGCCUUAUAAUGUCGUGGCAGUAGCUGUUUUGACUGCGUAAACCACGGCAAACACGGAUGUUAGUCCCUUCGCCACCUGUAAAUCAUCACGGAACUAGCCGAGGCGAACAGACGCCUCGCCGUGUCAACAGAGCCGCUCACAGCCAGCUGACAUCACUUCACGACUCCUCGUCCACGCUGGUGAGCAGCAGUCGAACAUGGAAGAUGAGCUCUUCGACCAGAUUGUGUCCGUGUUCCAAACGUUGGUGUCGUGGAUCGCCGCCGGAGCGAUGGUGUUCGGCGGUGUGGUGCCCUACAUCCCGCAGUACAGAGACAUCCGCCGGACACAGAACGCAGAGGGCUUCUCCUCCUACGUGUGCCUGGUCCUCCUGGUAGCGAACAUCCUCCGGAUCCUGUUCAGAUUUGGCCGCUACUUCGAGACGCUGCUGCUGUGGCAGAGCUUCAUCAUGAUCGCCACCAUGCUCAUCAUGCUCAACCUGUGCACCAACGUCCGCACGGCCACUGAACUCAACACCAAGAGACGCUCAUUCAUAGCAACAGACAGUAAGGACGAGGAGGUCAGAAUCCCUAAGCGACUCUUUCUGGACUUUGACUGGAACUACUUCUGGCUGUGGACUCGUUUCCUGGACUACGUACAGUGUGUGCUGGCCUUCACGCUGGUGGCGGCUUACGUCACCUACGUGCUGCUGGACUCAGCGCUGUUCGUGGAGUCUCUGGGCUUCCUGGCCGUUUUCACCGAGGCGAUGCUGGGCACGCCGCAGCUCUACUGCAACUAUCAGAACAAGUCCACUGAGGGCAUGAGUAUCAAGAUGGUGCUGAUGUGGACCAGCGGCGACACCUUUAAAACCGGGUACUUCCUCAUCACCCAGGCGCCCGUGCAGUUCUGGACGUGCGGCCUGCUGCAGGUCGUCGUGGACGUCACCAUUCUCUUCCAGGUUUACUACUACAGCCAGUACCCACAGAAACCUGUCUCCCACACCGUGUCCCUCACCACCAGUGCAAAGCCCUCUGAGAGGAGUGAGGACGCCUUUACACGCAAACCACACAAAGACACAUCUACACUCAUAAAUAAGGCAUGAACAUGGACACACCUUUUUUCUGUUUUAUUUAUUUAUUAACGUACUGAUUUAUUCCAAAAAAAAUGCAACGGUACGUGCGUCUUGGAAUGUGGACGUCAUGCAGAUUAUAUCCUGGAAUCAAUGUGUGCAUGAGGAAACUAGUAUGCACAUGAAAAUACAACAUAUUAUAUUAUGAGAGGAUGUACAGACGGAAAUGGACCUGCUUUUUUAUGUCAACGCGCAUUAGUGGUUGUUGCAUGAAACCUCUGCCUUAAAAUUCACAUUCAGACGUGGCUUGCUGCAAUACCAGCAAUAUAAAUAUAAAUAUAUAUAUAU